AUGGAUAUUGAAGUUGAAAUGAAGCCGGAUGAAGAAAAUGAAAAUGAAAUUAAAGAAAAGAUGAUCUAUGAUUUAAUCGAACGGAAGAAGCGGAAGUUGCACCUCAAUCCUAUUCAUUCAGUUGUGCAGCUCCGACCAUCAAUGCAACAUCUCAAGACCAUGGAUUCUAAAAAUAAGAGGACUGAAACUGGUAGUGUUGAAGGUGCUGUUAAGGUUGAAGAGCCCGUGGAAGAAAAACUUUUGGAGGCAUCAAAGAAGCAGACCAAGCCAUCAGGCCAGCAAGACUACUGGAGAGGAUUGGGUUCCUUUCAAAUACCAUAA